CGACUCAUCACCACCCACAACACACUUCUCUCUGGUGAGUUCGGCUUCCAAUUCGCGACGGAAAAAAAUCAUGGUCCCUGCACUUGUUUCAAUCGUAACGAGAAAGGGUAUUUGAAAUCAGAUAGACAGUCGGCUCAUGAAGCGCUUUUUGGGGGCAGGAACCUGUGGCGUUGGCAAAAUUCCGCAUCCUUCGUUUUUUCAAGCCUUGUUGCUUUCGUGAACUGCGUGGUGACUCGAGCGCCAAAGCGAUUUCAAUCAACGAGGUAUGAAUGCUUGAAGGGUGUAUGUAUGCUAGGCAAUCAUUAGAGUGAUUAAUACAGUUUGUACUUGUGGUUUUGUGCAGUUGAGCCGCAUUCUUCAAGCCUGCUUGUCGGAAUUGCUCUUGAGUUGGGAGGAGUUGGCAAGAUUGGAAGAACCUGGAAGGAGGCCGUCAAUCUGAUUCCUAUGGACGAGUCAUUCACAUCCUCUCAUUUAUCAGGGAGCAGUCCCACCAUGUUGGAUAGUCUGAGUCACCCAGACAGUCCGGGUUCCCCAUCCUCGCCCCGGACCCCAGGAUCCACACCACGUCCUUUGAUGUCACCAAACCAGUGCCACACUGUCGUUCUCUUCAGCACCCCAAUCGCUGCCAUCUAUAUCGACGGUAAGGAGCGACUAUGCCUCGCUCAAAUAUCCAACACACUCCUCAGGAAAUUCAGCUACAAUGAGAUUCACAACAGACGAGUAGCACUUGGUGUCACCUGCGUCCAGUGCACACCUGUCCAACUGGAGAUGCUGCGUCGUGCCGGUGCCAUGCCAGUCAGCUCCCGCCGAUGUGGGAUGAUUACCAAACGCGAAGCUGAACGACUGUGCAAGUCAUUCCUGUGCGAAAGUCGACCCCCAAAGCUCCCAGACAACUUUGCUUUCGAUGUCUACCAUGAAUGCGCUUGGGGGUGUCGGGGAGACUUUGUUCCAUCACGGUACAACAGCUCAAGAGCAAAGUGCAUCAAAUGUGUCUAUUGCGGAUUGUACUUCUCCCCGAAUAAAUUCAUAUUUCACACCCAUCGCAUCGCCGACUCGAAGUAUCGUCCUCCAGAUGCAGCGAAUUUUAAUUCCUGGAGACGACACAUCCAUCUGAUAGACCGGAAACCAGAUGAUGAUCUCCUCCAAGCUUGGGAGGACGUCAAAGCAAUGUUCAAUGGCGGAAGUCGCAAACGAUCAAACCCUUCUUCAUCAACAUCCCAUUCUCCGUCCCUCCAAUCUAGCGAAGCUAUCUCGUCGAGUCCACCCAUAACAAAACGCAAGAGACAAUCAUUGAACUAUCAGGAAUCGGAUCCUGUUAUUCAGCUCAGACCCAGUUCAUCAUGUUCUAUUGAUCCUCGACUCGAUUACUUUCUUUCUUCAGCGGCUAUGGGCGGCAGCAACAUCCAUACGCCACAGGCCAACAGACCACCCACUCCAUCGGUUGAAGACAACUCAAUGGCAGCGGCCCAACUUUACGCAAACGGUACCACUAAGCUUCGACAACAGUUCUCAGCACAUGCCCUUGCCAACAGAAACAUAUACGCUGAAUAUCUUUCAAAUGGCGGAAAGCUCCCAUAUCCACUGGCUGCAUCAUUCUGGCCGAAGACACCAAGUUUGAUAUCUCCAUUGGCGGCUCACUUCCCGAGGGAUUUGCCUCCGUUCGACUUAAAAGGUUUAGCUGAUCAGCGUGUUCAUUCUUUAAGCAAAGACUCUUUGGCUCUUGCGGAUAUCGAAGGCAAUUCUAGAGAUGACGAAGCACUGCGCGAUCUUGAGAACUGGGAAAAGGCCCGUUUUUCUCUUGCUGAGCGCCAUUUCAAUCUAAGAGAUAUCAAGAUCCCGGGUAAAGCGGAAUUCCACUAUGGAUCGGCUUUCCGUCCUGUCAUGGCAAACGGGGUUGAGAUGACCGAUUCUGCCAUGUCUCUCCGAUCACAAUCAGGGGAGUCACCCCUUCGAGGUGACCCUUCAUCAUUCAUCCACCACAUCGUAAAGAAAUCCUCCAAUGAUCCCAGUCCAGCUGAUAUCUUCCGAAUCAAGGAAUCGUUUCCUACCCGUGAUCAUCCAGCAUCGGGAAGUUUACCUACAAGGCAGACGGACAUUGCCAGGUACUUCCUCGAUGACAAACCGUGGGGUCGUGAGGCAAGAGAAGGGACGGCUUUUCUCUGGAGACAGCAACGAGAGAAGAGAUUGGACGAUCUUCUUUUCCGAGUAGCGAGGAAGGAGUGUGAGCGCAAAACGAAGAAUGGAGACUUUGGAGAAGGAAAAACGAACCCGUCUUCUGUCAUUCAAGAUGCAGAGGCCUCUACAUCUUGCGAAUCACCGGAUUCAAAACUUGAGAAUACAGAUAUCUGCGUUGGAAUGUCAGAGACCGGAGAAGGAAACGUUGACGAAAUGUCCUCUAAAAAUGGCUCAUCCCUAGAAGGUCAAGCAACAAAACUAAAUCGAUCGCCGUCACCUGAGGUCGACGUUGACAUCAUCCAGAAAGGAGAAUGUCCAACGACAAGCAUUCCUGUCGAAGAUUUAACUUUAAGACGAAUUUUCGGCUCCAACAGUCCUGGUAGUAUGGAAAACAAGAGCCCGUGAAAGUUGGAUAUCCAAGAAAUGAUAAAAUUACUCGAGUCGCAGAGUUAGUCACUCCGU